UCCGAAGAGGGCCGUAGAUCGGAAAUGACGAAAAACAGCGUAGGAAUCGAAAGAUGGCGGUAAUGCAACGCAACGGAUGCUAACCGCCGUUAAACACCAGAGAAGAAGAAGAAAGUGCGACACAUUACUGCUUAUUCUUUUCGUCUCUACACGUUCUUCUACGCGCUUCACGAUUUAUUUUCAGACUUUGUACUGACCCCUCUUAAAUCUCGAACAUAAAACUCAAUUCGUUAAAUCUUCGUGUCCGGUGCGCGAUGAAGCUUCUCGGCCUAGCUUAGCCUAGCCUAGCUUAGCUUGCAGGCCGCUAACGAAGAGACGCGUUUGUGGUCAACAAACACAUCGCUAAGCAGAGCUCGAGUGCGAGUGUGCGGUGUUGUGACUGUCGUGUGAAAAUGUGUGCAAGGACAGCAGACUACCAGGAGGAACUUUGUGGGACGAAAGAGGAGAACGAGCGACAACGUCAACAACUGGACGCUGUCUUCCAGAAGCUUCGAGUUGUGUUAUGCACAGCAGAAAGUGAAGACGUUUGUCCCGUGACGUCACGCACCUCUGGAGACGAUUGCUGCCAUCAUGUUGGAGACAUCAGUGAAGAUCUUUGUCCUGAGCGGCAGCAACCAGAGUCUCCUCACAUUAAAGAUGAAGUGGAGUAUGAGAAGCCCCCUCACAUUAAAAAAGAGAAGGUGCCAGGGCAUCCUUACAUUCUAAAGGAAGAGCAGCCAGAAGCUUCCUACAAUAAAGAGGAAGAGGCGCCAGAGACCCACCACAUCAAAGAGGAGGAGGAAGAGCAUCCCCAUUUGGAGGAAGCGCUCCUGCACAUUAAAAAGGAGGAAGGUGAUGAGCUCCCAUAUAUUAAAGAAGAGGAUGAUAUCACCAAGUUGCCAUCGAUUAGUGUCCCCUUGAAGAGUGACGAUAAAGUUCUAAGUAAGAACAGAGGGGCUGAACCUCCAAGCAGCAGCAGCUUAAGUAAACACAUGACAACAGAAGGUGACAACAAACGCUGGAAAUGUUCCCAAUGUGGGAAAAGUUUGAGUUAUAAGACCAGUUUGAAAGGUCAUAUGAUGAUCCACACUGGAGAGAAACCAUUUGCUUGCUUAGUUUGUGGUAAAGCAUUCGCUACAAAUGUAGAUUUGAAAAGACAUACAAAAACACACACUGGAGAAAAACCUUUUGCCUGUUCGGUUUGUGGUAAAAGCUUCGCUAACAAACAUUAUCUAAAAAGACACACAAGAACACACACUGGUGAGAAAGCUUUUGCAUGCUCUGUUUGUGGCCAAAGAUUCACACAAAAGGGAAGUUUAAAUGCACACUCAAGAAUCCACACUGGUGAUAAACCUUAUGCCUGCUCUGCUUGUGGCAGAAGAUUCUCCCAUAAGGGAAGCUUAAAAGUACACUCAAGAAUCCACACUGGAGAAAAACCUUUUCCCUGCUCAGUAUGUGGUAAAAGAUUCAUUGAAAAGGGAAAAAUGAGAAAACACACAAGAACGCACACUGGGGAGAAACCUUUUGCCUGCUCAGUUUGUGGUCGAAGAUUCUCUGCAAAGGGAACCUUAAAAAGUCACUCAAGAACACACAUUCGAGAGAAAUCCUGUGCUAUACAACACACAACAAUAGAAGGAGACAAAGAUGUCGGGGUACAGCUCUUCUAUGUAGGGUUGGGGUAUGUUCAAUAUCAUCUAAAUCGGCUAGCAACAGACGUCAAGUGUGAGCGUAAAAGCGUUGUGAUUGUCGUGUCAAAAAUGUGUGCAAGAAGGACAGCAGUGUACGAGGAGGAACUUUGGGGGACGAAAGAGGAAAGCGAGCCGCAAGGUCAGCAACUGGGCACCGUUUGCAAAACGCAGCCUCGUGAUGGGUUACUACGCGCAGCAGACAUCAGUGAAGACCUUCGUCCUUAUCGGCAGGAGCCAGAGGCCCCUCACAUUAAAGAGGAAGUGGAUGACGAAGACCUCCCCUACAUCAAGGCGGAAGAGGAGCCGCAGGCUCUUUACAUUAAAAAAGAGGAUGAGGAAGAGUACCUCGCCGUGAAGGAGGAGGAAGAGGCUCCCUACAUCAAAGAGGAAGAGGAGGAAGAGGAUGUCACCAAGUUGCCAUUGACCGAUGUCCCUUUGCAGAGUGAAGCUGAAGAUGAAGGUCAACGUGAGGAGAACAGCGGGGCGGAGCCUCCAAGCAGCAGCUCAAAUCAACACAUGACAAUAGAAAGUGAUGGAGACCACUUUGGAGGAUCACAAGCAGAUGGCCUCAUAGCUCCACUAUCAGAUAGUGAUGACCCAACGUCACAUUCCUCUGACACUGAUGAUGAUGAUGAUGAUGAUGAUGAUGAUGAAGAACAGUCUGAAGGUCAUGUGACAGGUCACACUGACGACAAAUGCUGGAAAUGUUCUCAAUGUGGGACAACUUUUGUCUACAAAUCUCUAUUGAAAAGGCAUAUGUUAAGCCACACUGGAGAGAAACCUUUUUCCUGCUCAGUGUGCAGUAAAAGAUUCACUCGGAAGGGAUACUUAAAAAUACACACAAGAAAACACACUGGUGAGAAACCUUUUGCCUGCUCACUUUGCGGUCAGAGAUUCUCUCAGAAGGGGCACUUGAUGAAACACACAAGGACGCACACUGGGGAGAAACCUUUUGCCUGCUCAGUUUGUGGUCAAAGAUUUACCACAAAUAGGUAUCUAAUAGUACACACAAGAACCCACACUGGUGAGAAACCUUUUGCCUGCUCAAUUUGUGGUCAAAGAUUCUCUGAAAAGGGAACAUUAGGAACACACACAAGAACGCACACGGGAGAAAAACCUUUUUCCUGCUCAGUUUGCGGUCAAAGAUUCUCUCAGAAUAGUCACUUAAGAAAUCACACAAGGAUCCACACUGGUGAGAAACCUUUUGCCUGUCUAGUUUGUGGCCAAAGAUUCACUCAGAAGGCACACUUAAAAUGUCAUUCAAGAACACACGUCCACCGCAAGCUCGGUAGCUCGAGGAAGUUUGUCCCAAUUGCGUUGCCGUACAUGUCUGUGAGCGCAAAGUGUUGUGAUUGUCGUGUGAAAAUGUGUGCAACGAGGACAGCAGACAACGAGGAAGAACUUUGCGGAACAAAAGAGGACGAGCGUCAACUCCUCGACGCCGUUUGCAAGCCGCAUCCUCGAGUUGGCUUACGCGCACCAGACAUCAAUGAAGUGUACCCCCACAUUAAGGUAGAAGUCGAGGCCGAAGAUCACCCACACAUUAAAGACGAGGAGCCGGUGCCCCCUUGCAUUAAAGAGGAGAAGCCGGCGCACCCCUACAUUAAAGAGAAAGAGGAGACACAGUCCCCCAACAUCAAAGAGGAGGGGCAAAUCCACAUCAAAGAGGAAGUCAAGGAGGAGGAUAUCACCAAGUUGCCAUUGAAUUGUGUGCCUUUGAAGAGUGAAAAUGAAGUUCAAAGUGAGGAGGGCAGAGGGGCGGAGCCUCCAAGUAGCAGUUCAAGUCGACACGUGACAACAGAAGGUGAUGGAGACCACUGUGGAGCAUCACAAGGAGACGGCCUCUUAGCUCCACUAUCAGACAGUGACGACACAACGUCACACUCUUCAGACACUGAUGAUGAUCAGGAACAUAAGGCAGGUCACACUGACAACAAACGCUGGAAAUGUUCUCAGUGUGGGAAAACCUUUGCAGAUAAGUGGGUUUUGAGACGACACAUGAGAAUACACACUGGAGAGAAACCGUUUUCCUGUACAAUUUGCGGAAAAAGAUUCACUCAAAGCGGUCAAUUGACAACACACACAAGAACACACACUGGUGAAAAGCGAACACACAACGGUGCACAAAGUUUUUCCUGCUCAGUUUGUGGCCAAACAUUCUCCAGGAAGGAAAGCUUAAAAACACACACAAGAACCCACACUGGAGAGAAACCUUUUGCCUGUUCAUUUUGUAAUAAAAGGUUCUCUCAAAGUGGUCAAUUGACAUCACACACAAGAACACACACUGGAGAGAAACCCUUUUCCUGCUCAGUUUGUGGUAAAAGUUUCUCUGAAAAGGAUAGUUUAAAAACCCACACAAGAACCCACACUGGAGAGAAACCUUUUGCCUGCUCAGUUUGUGACAAAAGAUUCUCUCAAAGAGGUCAUUUGUCUUCACACAUAAGAACACACACUGGAGAGAAGCCUUUUGUUUGCCCAGUGUGCGGUAAAAGAUUCUCUAAAAAGGGAAAUUUAAGGCAACACUCAAAAACCCACAUUGGCGAAAAAACCUUUGCCUGUUCAGGCUCCCCAGACUACUUCCCUCUCCCCAGCCACUUUGUCGAGCGCUUCCAGAAGUAUCCUGAGACAUUCCCAAGGCAGCAGGGAGACCUAGUCGUCUCAGCGUGUCCUGUGUCGUCCCCGGGGCCUUCACCUGGUGGGACAUGCUCGGAACACCUCACCAGGGAGGCGUCCAGGGGGAAUCCUAACCAGAUGCCCGAGCCACCUCAUCUGGCUCCUCUCAAUGCGGAGGAGCAGCAGCUCGACUCUUAAGCUCCUCCUGGAUGGCUGAGCUUCUCACCCUAUAUCUAAGGCAGAGCCCACCCGGACACCCUGCGGAAGAAACUGAUUUCUGCCGUUUGCAUCCGACAGGAAUGUAGCUCGACUGGCCAAUUGAGAGCUUUGCCUUUCGGCUCAGCUUACUCUUUACCACAACAGAUGGAUACAGAAUCCGCAUCACUGCUGCACCGAUCCGGCUGUCGAUCUGCCACUCAAUUCUUGCCUCACUCGUGAACAAGAUUCCAAAAUACUUGAAGUCCUCCACUUGGGCCAGGAUGUCCUCCCCGACCAGGAGAAGGACGCCGUCCUUGACCUCCAGCCUUUUCGACUGAGAAUCAUGCCCUCAGAUUUGGAGGUGCUGAUUGUCAUCCUGCACACACUGGCGCGACCAGCUCCUGCAAGAGUUGAAGGUCGCUGCUUGAUAAGAUCAACAGAACCACAUUAUCAAAAAUAUAAAAAAAGAAAAGACGUACGGAGACCUCUGAACAGGACACCCUCAAUCCCUCGGCUGCACCUAGAAAUUCUGUCCAUAAAGGUUAUUUAUAGAAUCAAUCAAUGACUAAGGGCAGUACUGGAGGAGUCCAACCCUCACCGGAAACAAAUUGGGCCAACGGCCGGCAAUGUGGACCAAAAACGGACACAGGUCUUACAGGGACCAAACAGCCCAUAUUAGGGGGCCUGGUAUCCUAUUUUACUGUAUUUAGACCAGAUAAAAAAAAUAAAUACAAAUUGAAAACAAUCUUAGGUAUCACAAUACCAGACUGCCUCUGGUGGGCACUAAACUAUUGAAUUUCAGAAUUUAGACGAAAAAAUGUAGACUCAUUUUUGAUUGCAACAUCAGAUAUGUGUGCAAUUCCUGCGUGUAAUCCUGGGAUAGUCGAGUGUCCCCCAGAUUAUUCUUAAUGAUUUUUUUAAAAUCAGGUGUAAUGCCAGUCAAAUGUGCAGAUUUCAGAGGACGUUUAUUUUGAAAUACAACAUUAGAUCUGCGGUAAACUCCCUGAGUGGAUCCCAGACGUCAACUGGUUUUGUAAUACCUAAGGGAUUAUUAUUAUUAUUAUUAUUAUUUUUAAAUCAGAUGUAAUUGGAGUCAUACUGU